AUGUCAACAACAGGAAAGCGGAAGCUAGAUGAAGCAGAUAUCGAUCCCACUAACGAACCAUUUAGCAAAAAGAGCAAAGGAAGUCCAGCCAAGGAUUCUAAAGAGAGCCUGAAGGGGGAUCUAGAGGUUGCUGUGCCCAAGAUGACCCCUGAAGAGAGGAAGCUUGUCAACCAACUAUUCAAAUUCCCUAUAAUCAGUGCAGAUACCACUUGCAACAUCUGAGAAGUGGAUAUUAGCAAGAGCGUCAAGAUUGUAGACACAGAAUAUUCCAAUAUCCUGAAGACCCCUGUAGGGGAAAAAGAAGUUCCCUUUAUCUAUUGCUUAGAAUGCCUCAAAAAGGGGAAGGAGAAGAAUGGCCACAAAAAGACUAAUUGCUACACAGUCAUAGACAAGUUGGACUUCCCUCUGUUUGAUGAGAACUGGACCGCCCAAGAGGACAUCACACUUCUCAAAGGUAUCUCUCUGUGAGGGAUUGAUAACUGGCACCAAAUUUCUGAAAAUCUGAGUCUAAAGAAUCCAAAUGAUUGAGAGGCGCAUUUUUACUCAUAUUACUAUAAAUCCAUUGACAACCCAAUGCCAGCAAUAGAAGAAGUAAUAACAAAAAUCCGUGGGGAUGACUUCAAGCCAGUCCUGAACACCGAAAUUAUAGAUACAAACAAGGCAAAGAAGGCAGCAUUCCAAGAAGAAAAGAAGAAGAAUGGCCCUAAGCACCAAGAGGAAAGGUCCAAGGAGUCUAAAAAGAGCGAAAAUAUUGAUGAUCCUGCUAAGAAGCAAGAUAACCCAAUCAGUGAUGUCAGGUCCCUGGUCGGCUACAUGCCCAAAAGAGGAGACUUUGACAAUGAAUAUGACGAAGAAGCGGAGACUCGAAUCUGCGAAAUGGAGUUCCUAGAAGAUGACACUGAUGAAGAAAAAGAACUCAAGUUCAAAGUCCUCGAAUAUUAUAACGCUAGGCUUGAUGAACGUAUAAGGCGUAAGAAGUUCGUCAUCGACAGAGGCCUCCUUGAUAUUAAGAAGAUCCAGAAGCAAGAGAAGAAGCUUUCAAAGGAAGAAAGAGACAUUAUCAAUUGCAUGAAGCCAUUUGCACGAUUCUCUUCAAAACAAGAUCAUGAGAAGAGAGUCACUAACAUGUUAAAAGAGUAUAAACUCCGUACCCUAAUCAAUCAGCUUAAGACCUUCAAAUCCUUAGGCCUCAAAAGCCUAUCUGAAAUCGAAAAGCACAUCGAGGAAAAAUAAAAAAGACAAGAAAAACGAUGACUCAAAGGAUGAAGAGACGCUUUCCUUCAUCAAAAACCAGAAGAAUUACUCACAAGUAGAGAAUCUCAGUAAGCGGAGACGGGCACUCCAACUCGCUAAAGAGAUCCAAGAGAGCAAGGAGUUCUCCCAACUUAACGAGGAGGAAAAAUAACCUAGUGACCAAAAUCAAUUUGAUGCCUGAAAAAUACCUCCAAUUAAAAGACAAAAUCAUCCAAGAGCACAAAAAGUCAGGAAAAGUAGAAGAGACCUUCAUCAACCAAGCGACAAAGGAAGUAGGAGGAGUAAUUAACCCUCAGCAAACAAUCGUGGUGUACAGCUAUUGAGUUAACAAAGUAUUCAAGGAUGAACAGUAAAGUUUAAGGAACCCAAACUUCGAGAAAUAAUCAAAAUAUCCAGUUUUUACAAGAAUUUUAUAAAAAAUUUCAAUUCUG